ACUCGGGUCUUCCCUCGUGCGUGUGACGUCAGGACGUGCAGGUCCUGCCCAGCCAAGAUGGCUGACAGCAUCCCGUUAAAUCCGGUGCGGAGUAACUCGAAGAGAAUCACGUAUUACAACUCCGCCAGACGUUCAAGAUACUCUGUAGAAGAUGAGCCAUCUAACCUGGAUGAAAUGCCACUGAUGAUGUCGGAGGAAGGUUUCGAGAAUGAUGAGAGCGAUUAUCAGACGCUGCCCCGGGCCAGAGUCCAUCAGAGACAAAGAGGUUUCGGGUGGUUUCUCCUCGGAGGGUGGAAAGUCCUCUGUGGCAGCUGCUGCGACUGCCUGGCUCAUGUAUUUUGGAGGAGGAAGGAGCUGAAAGCACGGACGGUUUGGCUCGGCUGCCCGGAGAAAAGCGAAGAGAAGUAUCCGAGAAACGGCAUCAAAAACCAGAAGUACAACGUCUUCACCUUCGUGCCUGGGGUUCUCUACCAGCAGUUCAAGUUCUUCCUCAAUCUCUACUUUCUGGUUGUGGCCUGUUCCCAGUUUGUGCCAUCACUGAAAAUCGGAUAUUUGUACACGUACUGGGCGCCUCUGGCUUUUGUGUUGGCUGUUACGAUGAUGCGAGAAGCCGUGGACGAGAUGCGUCGCUACCGGCGGGACAAAGAGAUGAACUCCCAACUCUACAGCAAGCUGACAGUCAGAGGUAAAAUUCAAGUGAAGAGUUCAGACAUACAAGUGGGAGACUUGAUCAUUGUUGAGAAGAACCAAAGGAUUCCUGCAGACAUGAUAUUCCUGAGAACGUCAGAGAAAAACGGUUCAUGUUUCAUCAGAACAGAUCAGCUGGACGGAGAAACAGACUGGAAACUAAAAGUGGCUGUUGGCUGCACACAGAGACUUCCAGCAGUCGGGGAUCUGUUCUCCAUCAGCGCCUACGUCUACGCCCAGAGGCCUCAGCUGGACAUCCACAGCUUUGAGGGCAACUUCACCAGGGAAGACGCUGACCCACAGAUCCAGGAAAGUUUGAGCAUUGAAAACACUCUGUGGGCGAGUACAGUUGUGGCGUCUGGCACGGUGAUAGGGGUGGUGAUCUACACCGGCAAAGAGACCAGAAGUGUCCUGAACACGUCCUACGCCAAGAACAAGGUUGGCCUAUUGGACCUGGAGCUGAACCGCCUCACCAAGGCCCUGUUCCUUGCCCAGGUGGUUCUGGCUGUUGUCAUGAUAGCGUUGCAGGGAUUUGUGGGUCCCUGGUUUCGCAACCUUUUCCGAUUCAUUGUGCUUUUCUCGUACAUCAUCCCCAUCAGCUUGCGUGUCAAUCUGGACAUGGGGAAGUCGGCGUACGGCUGGAUGAUCAUGAAAGAUGAAAACAUCCCCGGCACUGUGGUGAGAACCAGCACCAUCCCAGAAGAACUUGGCCGGCUGGUCUAUCUGCUGACAGAUAAGACAGGCACUCUGACACAGAAUGAAAUGAUCUUUAAACGGCUGCACCUGGGAACGGUUUCCUACGGCACUGACACCAUGGAUGAAAUCCAGAGUCACAUCAUCCAGUCAUAUGCUCAGGUGACGGCCCAGCCUUCCAGCAGCAGCACCGGUGCUGCGACUCCAUCGCGGAAGACCCAGGCGUCCGCGCCCAAGGUUCGCAAGAGCGUCAGCAGUCGCAUCCACGAGGCAGUGAAGGCCAUCGCCUUGUGCCACAAUGUCACGCCCGUCUACGAGUCACACGUGAGCGUGAACGGAGAGACGGACACUGCCGAGGCGGACCAGGACUUCAGCGACGACAACCGCACCUACCAAGCAUCCAGCCCUGAUGAGGUGGCGCUGGUGCACUGGACGGAGAGCGUCGGCCUGACCCUGGUCAACAGAGACCUGACCUCCCUGCAGCUGAAGACUCCUUCAGGACAGAUCCUCUCCUUCUACAUCCUGCAGAUCUUCCCCUUCACCUCCGAGAGCAAGAGGAUGGGUAUCAUCGUCAGGGAGGAGUCAACAGGGGACAUUACUUUCUACAUGAAGGGUGCUGAUGUUGCCAUGGCGAGCAUCGUCCAGUACAACGACUGGCUGGAGGAAGAGUGUGGGAACAUGGCCAGAGAAGGACUAAGGACCCUGGUUGUGGCCAAGAAGUCUCUUUCUGAGGAGCAGUACCAGGAUUUUGAGAAUCGCUACAACCAGGCAAAGUUGAGCAUCCAUGACCGAACGCUGAAGGUGGCAGCAGUGGUGGAGAGUCUGGAGAGGGAGAUGGAGCUUCUUUGUCUGACCGGCGUGGAGGACCAGCUCCAGGCCGACGUCAGGCCCACGCUGGAGCUGCUCAGAAACGCUGGCAUCAAGAUUUGGAUGUUGACAGGAGACAAGCUGGAAACGGCCACAUGCAUCGCCAAAAGCUCCCAUUUGGUCUCCAGAAGCCAAGACAUCCACGUUUUCCGACCGGUCUCGAACAGAGGAGAGGCCCAUCUGGAGCUGAACGCCUUCAGAAGGAAGCACGACUGUGCUCUGGUCAUCUCUGGAGACUCCUUAGAGGUGUGUUUGAGGUAUUACGAGCACGAGUUUGUGGAGUUGGCUUGUCAGUGUCCGGCAGUCGUCUGCUGCCGCUGCUCCCCGACUCAGAAGGCCCAGAUUGUCUGUCUCCUGCAGCAGCACACGGACAACAGAACCUGUGCCAUAGGUGAUGGAGGAAAUGACGUGAGCAUGAUCCAGGCUGCACACUGCGGUAUCGGAAUUGAAGGAAAGGAGGGAAAGCAGGCCUCUCUGGCCGCGGAUUUCUCCAUCACACAGUUCAAACACAUCGGCCGUCUGCUCGUGGUUCACGGCAGGAACAGCUACAAACGCUCAGCGGCGCUGGGUCAGUUUGUCAUGCACCGAGGCAUGAUCAUCUCCGCCAUGCAGGCCGUCUUCUCCUCUGUAUUCUUCUUCGCCUCCGUGCCCUUGUACCAGGGAUUCCUCAUGGUCGGAUAUGCCACAAUCUACACCAUGUUUCCUGUGUUCUCCCUGGUGCUGGACCAAGAUGUGAAGCCAGACAUGGCUCUGCUUUACCCAGAGCUUUACAAAGACCUCACCAAGGGGCGUUCGCUGUCUUUCAAGACUUUCCUCAUCUGGGUUUUAAUCAGCAUCUAUCAAGGUGGCAUCCUCAUGUACGGCGCGCUGCUGCUCUUUGAGUCCGAGUUCGUACAUGUGGUCGCCAUCUCCUUCACCGCGCUCGUCCUCACGGAGCUCCUGAUGGUGGCGCUCACCAUCCGCACCUGGCACUGGCUGAUGGUGGUGGCGGAGUUCCUCAGCCUCGGCUUUUACCUCGCUUCUCUCGCCUUCCUCAACGAGUACUUCGGCAUAGGCAGGGUCUCGUUCGGAGCUUUUCUUGACCUGUCGUUCAUCACGACGUGGCCUUUCCUGUGGAAGGUGUCGGCCAUCACGCUGGUCAGCUGUCUUCCUCUCUACAUCAUCAAGUACCUGAAGCGCAAGUUUUCGCCGCCAAGCUACUCCAAGCUCUCGUCCUGAGCAAAAACAAUGGAUGUAUUUUUCUUCUUCUUUGCUCUUCUCUGCACUUUUUUUUCACCACACCGGUCCUCGGUGACGGACACGUGACCCGUGGAGGUGAAAGUAAGAAACACUGAAUCAACGGAGCACGGAGAGAAAGCAAACACUCACUCUUUGGAUCUUCUUUUUUCAUUUCUCCUCAUUGAGUCUUGGGAUUACUUGAAAAGUCGGAGCACAUAGUGACAGACGACAAAAACGUAAAGUUCGCCACGGGCCUGACACGUGUGACCUGUGAACCUUGGGUCGUUCUGCCUUUCUUUUGUUUUCAGACAAUUCAGCGUCAUUUUAUACAUUCACUUCUUCAACGUUCAGAUUUUUAUAUGUGCAGCUCAGACUGAUUUUUUUUAUCGUAGGUAUUAACUGCUGCGUCUUUCAACACUUGAGUUGCUGUAAAGGAUAAAAAAAAGAAACAGAAAAAAGAAUGUUUUUUCUCUGUAAAUAGGCGUUUUUUUUUCCUCACUCACGUUUAAAUCAUUAACCAAAAAACAAGGUCAUUUAUACACAAAUGCUGAGCACUUGUUCCGAUACAAACCUCUACGUGUCUUUUUGUGUCUUUUUGUCGUGUCUGCAGAAUUCAACUUCAAAUAUCUCAGAUUUGAGCAUCUGUAGAUAACUAACAUCACUCCGAUAACUGCCAUUUUAUUUACGCCUUUUAAACAAACUCCACUUACACUUUGUUAUAAAUAGACCAUUUAAGGUAAAAGUAUAAUCAUUUUAUUUUCAACUUCUGCUAAAUUAAAAAUAAUUUCACCUAAAUUUUUACGCACUGAACCUUUUAAAAUAUUGCUGUUUUUUUCUCACACAAAUUAUAUUUCUCAGUUUUCUGUUUUAUUUUAGCUUAAACUAAUUCCAUUCAGUUUUUACUGCAGCGUCGUCUUCUGGUUUAAAAUGUGAAGCUUCGGAAGUUGACUGGAAGUAGCAGUUAUCCGCCAGCAGGGGGCGAAACUCUGCUACGUUACAAAACAAAUGGGGAAAUGGGAAAUUUGUUUUGUGACUGGACGACUCUAUUUUAUACUCAGACUCGGACUGAAGCUACGUGUCGGAUCGACUCAUAGGUGAAUAAAAGCAGCAUUAAAUCUAUCGUCUGCAUAUCUGCGUAUGUCUGACAUUCUGAGAUUCCGACGCGUCCGGUGUUAAUCAAUCACUCUUUUUGUGGCGUUUUUCCAUGACACAGUUCCAGCACAACUUGGCACGGCUUGACCUUGCUUUUCCAUCAGUGAUAGUACCUGUUAACUAUCACUGAUGGAACUGCUCUGGCAAGGUUCCCAGUGAGCUGAGCCCAUACUAAAAUGUGACGUCGACAGUCUGCCGGCCACUGAUUGGUCAGAGAGUGUCGUCACUGGAAGAGUCAUGAGCGCGACGUCCGACACAAGAAUUAAAGCGAACAAUCCUGAACUGUGGAUCGGUUAAAAAAGACUUAAAAAUCCUGAAGACGUGCGUUAAUCUCCAACAUAUCUCCAUCGUAUUUCAGUUCAGUGAUUGUGUCAGGCGGAGUCUGUGCUCCGGUCAUGCAGGAAGUACUGAACGAUUCUGUGAACAAAUCUUUUUAAUGAACUGAUUCUAAUGAUUCAUUUACACCGAAAACCGCUUUACAAGUCACUAGUUUGUGUGUUUGUGUCGUGUAUAAAACCAUGUCACGGCAGUUUCACUCAGCUGCGCUAUGAUAACUCCGCUCACGUUGAGGAUGUACUAUAUAGUUAUACCAAAUUGUGUUGAGUCGAGCAGGAACUGUUAUGGAAAAGCACUUUGGUUUGUCCUGCUGCUGUUUUUCUUUGAUUGUUAAAAAAAAAAGUCACAAAAACGACCCUGAAUCAGUGACGGCUGAAUAUUUUUAGACCUUUAUCGACAGUAUGACCCUCCCACUGGGCGUCGCCGUGACUUUAGCCCAUGGUGGACGUUGACAUUCAGGAGAGGAUGAGUUUUAUCAUUCACUCCACAGGCUGUGUGUAAGUGUUAAAGCACAGAGGAGAGACAGUGUGUGUGUGUGUGUGUGGCGUUUAGCUAUUUUUAUUAGUCCGGCUAUCAUUUAUCUCCGAAUCCUAAUUGAGUUGAACUCAGGUUAAAUCAUUCCGUAAAUAAUUAGUAUUAAUCGUGGCGGCCCGACUGUAAACGUGGCUACACUGCGUCACUUCGGUGUUGAUGAUGGGAGUGAAUUCCCAUUCUCACAUAACGGUGUUGGUUCUUUUAUUCCUGUGUUUUUGUUUUACGCGGUGUUUAAAUGUUAAAUGUGUAAAACUUCGUGCUCUCCACGUCUUACACUGCACUUUCAAUCAGUGUCUGUUAUUUUUAUUAUUCUUAUUCAUUAAAAACUAAUAAAAGAAACUGCACAUCA